AUGUCUGGUCCGGUCAGCAUGGAGCUGUCUCCCCCUCCCUCUGGUCUAGAAGCAGAGCAUGAGACCCUCUUCACCACCGACUCCCUCCUCUUCCUCCAUGAGCUGAUCUCCACAUUUGAUGAGGAGGUGGAUGAGGUCCUGAGGUUGCGAGUGUCCAGAAAGUCCCACUUGGACCUUUCAGGUGACCUGCCAAGCUUUCCGGACAGUACCAGACACAUCAGGAGAGAGGCGGCCUGGAGGGUGCUCCCUGUCCCCCCAAGGCUCCAGAGAAGACAUGUGGAUAUUGGGGAUCUGGCUCCCUGCGAUACUCAGCGCUUCAUUAAAUCUCUCCUGUCACCAGCACAAGGCAUACAGGUGUGGCAGUGGAUCCGACAUCAGACUCAGAUGGAGGACGACAGCAGGGUGGUGAGCAGGCGGCUGGUGACUAACCUCACCAAUGAGGUCAUGAUGGAGCUCAGUGCUCUCUGUCACUCGGUCAGGGCCAAACAGAGGUUACACACAGCAGCAGACAUGUUCCUGGAGGUGGUCCUAAAGAGAGAUUUCCCAGAGUUCAUCACCACCUACUUGAAUUUGGACCACACCUUUCUCCGCUCCCAGAACAGACAGGUGGAGGAUCAGGACACAGACAUGCCCCGACCCAAACUGUGAAGGUCCAUCUGGAAGACUUUGAGGACACAUUAUCUUUUAACAUUUCUAGAUUUAAGUAGCAGAAAAUUAGAUGAAUUAGUAAUCAGUGUGGGUUACCUCCUUAGAGGAAGCAGACACUGGUGUGUACCUCUCUGGAGGAAUAAACAAGAUAAAUAUGGAGUUAGCAUUAGUAAGUAAUGUUACUGUAACUCACACUCAAGGUUUAAAACAAAUUAUAAUAUGUUCUACCUCUUUUAUCCGAUUAAUAUAUUCAUAUAUAUGAAUUAAUAAGCAUGCCAUGCUUUAUGUAUGAUAAAGAUAUGACUUGUAACAGCAUAAAUAUGUUGAUGUGAGCUACUGCUGGCAAACUGGCAGACAUGUUUUUAGACACACUGUCAGGGUUCCCAUGUGUCCUGGAGAAUCUGGAUAUUUAGAGACUAGUUUUCCAGUUAUGGAAAAAUCUUGAUUAAAAUGACCAAAUAUCCU